AUGGACAAGGAAAAUGAGUUGGAGUUCGCUCCCAUUACGGAACGAACUUUGACCGCACUCGAUGAGCGAGAAGUCGAAACCCUGAAUCGCAUUGCUUCGAGUAAGCUUGGGCAAAAGCUUUCGCUCACCGCGAGCCGACGAGAAAGCAGAGAUCCUCGAUUAGAUCCCAGCAGCCCGGAAUUCGAUCAUCAUCGAUGGGCUCAGAGCGUACUCACUCAGGUACAUGAAGCGGGUAUUGAUAUUCCUCACCAGAGCGUGGUCUUUUCAGAGCUUUCCAUCAGCGGCUCUGGUUCUGCCUUGCGAUUCCAGGAAACAUUGAUCUCCACUCUCACGCUGCCCUUUCGCCUUGCGACCAGAGCUCUUUCCGGAUCCCCUUCGAUGGUCUUCUGCAGGGAGGAGAGCUCUUGCUUGUCUUGGGCCGACCAGGGAGUGGAUGCACGACGUUCCUCAAAACGAUCUGCGGACAUUUGGGGGGGUCUUUCGAUGGAUCCCAACAGCAAAAUCCAUUUCGAAGGCGUUGACUACGAACAAAUGAUCAAACACCACCGUGGAGAAGUCGCGUAUAAUAAGGAGGUCGACCUACACUUCCCUCACUUGACUGUGGGCCAGACACUUUCCUUCGCUGCCCACGCCCGUGCUCCGCACCAGCGCAUCCAGGACAUGACGCGCAACGAAUACGUUGAUGCCAUCACCCAGGUCGUCAUGUCGGUUUUCGGCCUUUCUCAUACAGCGAAUACCAAAGUAGGCAGUGAGUUCGUACGGGGCGUGAGUGGUGGUGAGCGAAAGCGCGUCUCAAUCGCGGAAAUGUUUAUCUCUCGUUGCCGCAUCGGAGCUUGGGAUAAUAGCACUCGCGGUUUGGACGCCGCCUCAGCCCUGAAGUUUGUCCGGGCUCUGCGCCUUGCAGCCGACAUGGGAGACUCCUGCCAUGCAAUUGCGGCUUACCAGGCAUCACAGUCCAUGUUCGAUCUGUUCGACAAAGUGUUGCUUCUCUACGAGGGCCAUGAGAUCUAUUACGGCCCUCGCGAUCGAGCAGUCUCCUAUUUCCAAGAGAUGGGGUGGGUGAGACCGGAACGUCAAGUCAGCAGCGAUUACUUGACCGCAAUCACCAAUCCAACUGAGCGCAAGGCCAUAACGGGCAUGGAAGAAAAAGUGCCUCGCACCGCGACAGAAUUUGCAGAAUAUUGGAGGAAAAGCCCAGAUUAUCAGGCCUUGCGCAAUCAAAUUGCGACUUUCGAGCGAGAACAUCCCCCAAACGGUCAUGAUGCUCAAAGGCUUCAGGUCAGCCACCAAGAGCAACAGGCGCGUCAUACUCGGUCUCGUAGCCCUUAUCUUCUCUCCAUCCCCAUGCAAGUUCGACUGUGCAUGACAAGAGCCUACCAGAGAAUGCUCAAUGAUCUUCCAACCGCCCUGGCGCCGCUAAUUGUUCAGUUGAUUCUAUCGCUCAUCAUUGGAUCCGUCUUUUACAACACCCCCGACACCUCAAGUUACUUUUUCCAAAAGGGAGCUGUCCUGUACUUUGCAGUCCUCAUGAACGCAUUGAUGACCAUGAACGAAAUCAUGCAGCUCUAUAGCCAGCGACCCGUGGUAGAAAAGCAACAUGGAUAUGCCUUCGUCCAUCCCUUCACCGAGGCUUUAGCCAGUAUUGUGGUGGACCUGCCCAUCAAACUCGUUCGCAUCUCCAUUUUCAGCAUUGUCCUUUACUUCAUGGCCAAUCUACGUCGUGAACCUUCCCAAUUCUUCAUCUUCUACCUAUUCUUGGUCUUUGCCGUUUUGACAAUGUCUGGUAUUUUUCGCAGCCUGGCAGCUCUUACUAAAUCUAUCGGCCAGGCCAUGGCCUUUGCUGGUAUCAUGGUUCUCUGCAUCGUUGUCUACACUGGCUUUACGCUUCCGCAACCUUACAUGCAUCCUUGGUUGUCCUGGAUUCGAUGGAUUAAUCCCAUAUAUUAUACAUUUGAGGCACUGAUUGCGAAUGAGUUCCAUGGCCGCGAGUAUGACUGUUCCGCGUUCAUUCCAAGCUACGGGACUGGCAUGUCGUUCAUUUGUUCUGCGGUUGGUGCAGUGGCUGGACAGCGCACAGUAUCUGGCGAUGCAUUCAUUGAGCAGAACUACGAGUACACAUACGCACACAUUUGGAGAAAUCUGGGGAUCCUGAUUGCGUUCAUGAUCUUCUUCAACUCCGUCUAUCUAGCCGCUACUGAAUACCUUGGCGUCGACAAAUCCAAGGCGGAAGCUCUUGUGUUCCGUCCCGGUCAUGCACCUAAGUAUCUGCAGCCUGGCAGUGACACCGAAAGAGGUAUCUCGAACCCCGAGAUUCUCGAAGUUCAAAAAACAAACGACACCAUCGGGCUGCCUCAGCAGAAAGAUGUGUUCUCCUGGAAAUUCGUCAACUAUGAUAUUCCCGUCAAAGAAGGCACUCGUCGACUGCUGGACAAUGUCUCUGGGUGGGUGAAGCCUGGUACUCUGACUGCUUUGAUGGGUGUUUCGGGGGCCGGUAAAACGACUCUGCUGGAUGUACUCGCGCAGAGAGUGUCUAUUGGUGUCGUGUCUGGAGACAUUCUUGUGAAUGGACAGCCACUCUUGCCGAACUUUCCACGUCGCACUGGCUACGUGCAGCAGCAAGAUCUCCAUCUCGACACUACCACCGUGCGAGAGGCACUCCGAUUCAGCGCUAUGCUGCGUCAGCCCCAGAGCGUGUCGAAGCAGGAGAAGCACGAGUAUGUGGAAUCCGUCAUCAAGGUUCUGGGCAUGGAAGACUUUGCUGAAGCCGUUAUCGGCUCUCUUGGCGAGGGUUUGAAUGUGGAACAGCGAAAGCUGCUGAGCAUCGGUGUUGAGUUAGCUGCCAAGCCAACUCUAUUAAUUUUUCUGGAUGAGCCCACCAGCGGUCUCGACUCCCAGAGUUCGUGGACCAUUUGUCAGUUCCUGAGGCGCCUUGCAGAUCAUGGCCAAGCCAUACUAGCCACCAUUCAUCAACCCAGCGCAACCUUGUUCCAGUCCUUUGAUCGCUUGCUGUUUUUGGCCAAAGGUGGAAAAACUGUAUACUUUGGUGACAUUGGUGAGGAGUCUUCCACUCUUCUGGAGUAUUUCGAGCGCAAUGGAGCCCGCGAGUGCGAAGAACUGGAGAACCCCGCCGAAUACAUCCUUGAUAUGGUCGCAGGAGACGGAUGUCCUGGCGUAGACUGGGCUCAGGUCUGGAAUAAAAGUCCGGAAUACGACGAGGUGCUGGCCGAGGUGGAUCGACUUCAUACCAUUCGACAUGGGUCAAGCCACGCACCCUUUGAAGACGAUAGUAAUGCCGAAUUUGCUAUGCCCUUGCACGCACAACUGUGCAUUGUUCUUGAAAGAUGUUUCCAGGGCUAUUACCGACAGCCGGAUUACAUCUACGCCAAGUUCAUUCUCGGUAUUACAUCGGGCCUCUUCAUUGGUUUCUCAUUCUGGAAAGCCAAUAACUCCGAGCAGGGCUUUCAAAACGUCCUCUUCAGUAUUUUCCUCCUGUGUACUAUUUUCAACACCCUCGUGAACCAGAUCAUGCCUCGCUUCGUCACUCAGCGCUCGCUCUACGAGGUACGGGAACGUCCGUCUCGGAUCUACUCCUGGAAAGUCUUUAUCCUCUCUCAAAUCCUGGUGGAAGUUCCCUGGCAAGUCGCUCUCGGUGUAUGCUCGUGGGCUUCGUUCUACUGGUCCGUCUUUGGCACCGAGCAGAACGCCGAACAACGCGGUCUGGUCAUGCUAUUUAUUGUUCAAUUUUUCAUCUACGCCGCCUCUAUGGCCCAGUUCGUCGUCUGCUCCAUCCCUGAGCCAACGCUGGGUGCGAUGCUCGCCACUUUGAUGUUCGGUCUCUCGUUCAUCUUCAACGGGGUCAUGCAGCCACCUUCGGCUCUGCCUCGAUUCUGGAUUUUCAUGUAUCGGGUCUCCCCCUUCACUUACUACAUCGGCGGCAUCGCGAGUACAGCCCUUCACGGCCGAUCAGUGACGUGCAGCGCGGCCGAGCUCAGUGUGUUCUCUCCGCCGGCGGGACAAACCUGCGGAGAGUACAUGGAGAAGUACUCGGUGAAUCACACCGGUGCUCUUACCGAUGCCAGUCGGAAUUCCACCUCAAGCUGCGAGUGGUGCGCUAUGACUUCAGCGGACGAGUACCUGGCGGGUCGCGAGAUCUACUUUGAUCAGCGCUGGCGAAACUAUGGUAUCUUCUGGUGCUACUUUAUCUUCAAUAUCUUCGGGGCCAUUCUGUUGUACUAUGUGUUCCGCGUGAGGACCUCCAAGGCCAAGGUCGGCAAGGGCCAAAAGUCUACGUGA